CCGGCCCGAAUAAUUCGUAGGGUAGUGAGAUGGGAAGGAAAGGGUGCCGACAAAAAUUAGAGCAAGGAAUCAAUGAAUCAUCAAAGAAAACACAAAAAAAAUACACCCGCUCUCUUGGGGCCCACUGUUUUGAGUGAAAGAGAAGUAGACCCAAUCCAAGAUGGGUUGGGACAUCCCGAGGGCCCACAAGAAGAAGAAAGGAAAAAACAUCCGGCCAGCGACCUCCCGAAACUCCGCCUUCGAAAGGCUGGGGGAUAGGGAGGAAGGCCAGAGGAAGUCAGCCAAGCAGAGGCUGGGGCAGAGUGUUGCCCAUGUCAGCGCAUUCGCCCGGCUAGGCGAGGUGCGGGAGGCCGAGCCUGCCCGCACCCGGCGCUCCCAGUCUAACCGGCAGGAGCCAGCGAGGACGAGGGCCUCCCACCAGGAAGGGGAGGCAAAAAGCCAGCCUAGGUUACCGGUGGCGAACCGGUUAACCAUCCCAAACGACCGCGUCCAGCAGAUGGAGGCAAAGCUGGAAAGGCUGGAAAAGAAGGUCGGAGAGAAGAAUGACCGGGACAAACCCCUGGCAGGGUCCCCAUUCACCACAAGGGUCCAUCUGACACCUUUCCCGCGAAAGGUCAAGAUCGACGCCCCCAGAUUCACCGGGAAGGAAGAUCCAGAAAUCCACCUGGACUCCUUCAACCAGAGUGCGACCAUGAACGGUUGCACCGAUGAAGAAAAGUGCCUACUUUUCUUCCAGACCUUGCGGAACCGAGCCACCGAAUGGUUCAAUAAGCUUCGCCCGGGAAGUAUUGACUCGUUCAGUGAUUUGGCCUCAAAGUUCAAGGCCAAGAGUUCUGCUGGAAAACCUCCAGCCACGUACCAAGAAGCCUACCAUACUGCGUGGGAGUUUGCUGAGGCUGAAACUCAACUCCGGGCAAAGAGGGAAGCUGAGCAUGGUCACAAGUCCAAGUCGGUGCAUGUCAAGAAGGAAGAAGCACCAGGACCUAGCCGGCCGAGGCACCACUAUGACCCCGUCAUCCGAGUGGUCAAUACGGAGGAAUGCCAAGAAGUCCGGAAAGCACCGGUCAUUCCUCCAGAAAACCCUACCGGUCAAGUAGGGCGGCAGUGGUCAGGCACCUAUUGUUCGUACCACAGGUCAGAUUCCCAUAACACCUCCGAAUGUAAGAGUAUUAAGGGAGUAAUCCGGCAGAUGAUAGACAGUGGAGAGCUGGGCAAGGAUUACUUGCAGAAAGCCCAAGAGAAGAGUCAUCAGUGGGUUAGGCCAGCUGCCCCAGGGAACGACCGGGAGAACGACCGGCGGAGGAAUAACCGGCCAAGGGAGCGGCAACCUGCUCCCGAAAAAGAGCACAUCGGCAUGAUCUUCGGCGGACCUGAGGGUGGAGAUUCAGCCGCGCAGCGGAAGAACUGGGUCCGGAGCAUUUACGUUGGAGAGGUAAGUGCUGAACCGCCCAGGCAUAAACAUACUAGGAGGGAGCCGAUCGUCUUUACUGACCGGGAUCUCCCUCCUACCGGUGAAGAUCACAAUGAUCCAUUGGUCAUCACCAUGGACAUUAACGGGGUGGAUGUCGCCCGGGUACUUGUUGACACCGGCAGCAGUGUCAACAUCUUAUACCUGGAGACCUUCCAAAAACCCAGGUUGUGUCGAACACAACUUGAACCCCUCAAAACCCCUCUCUCAGGCUUCACGGGGGACACCGUUGAAGCUGAAGGAUCCAUAGUUCUACCGGUCGAACUAGGAUCAGGUGAAAAGACCGUGUGGAAGAAGAUGCAGUUCAUAGUUGUGGACAUCAAAUGCGUCCACAACGCAAUUCUUGGAAGGCCAGGCAUCAAUAGAGUUGGGGCGGUGAUUUCCAUGCCUCAUCUAUGCAUGAAGUUCCACACUCCAGGUGGUGUGGGUGAGGUGAAGGGCGACCAGAGGAACGCCCGGGAGUGCUAUGCCCGGGCAGUCAAGAAGAUGACCAAGGGGGUCAAUGUCAUCUCCCAAGAGAUCACAAAGGGAGAGACCCAGGAGAAAUUGGAGCCCGAGGCCGAGAUGGUGGAAAUCGAACUUCACCCGGGUGAUUCUUCGAGGAUGGUCAGAAUUGGAGUAAAUCUCCCCGAGGAUCUCAAGGAGCAGAUUACCCGGGUCCUCCAAGAAUACGCGGGCAUAUUCGCAUGGAGCGUGGCGGAUAUGCCCGGGAUAGAUCGCUCUGUUAAUUGCCACCGGUUGGCUGUAAGGGAAAGAAGUCGACCGGUACGCCAAAAGAAGCGGUACCUGGCCAGUGACCGGAGAGACUUCGUCAAGAAGGAAGUGAAAUACCUUCUCAGUGUUGUGUUGCGAAAUUCAACAUCCUCCGGGAGGAUGGUGAAGUGGGCGAUGAUGUUAACUCAAUUCCACAUUGAGUACCGGCCAAGGUCGGCAAUUAAGGGACAGGCCCUAGCUGAUUUCCUAGUAGAAAUGACCGGUCUAACUCUAGACUUACCGGUCAACAAGCCCACUGAGCAAUGGUGGGAGAUGGCAGUUGACGGGGCAUCCGGUCCUAGAGGAUACGGGGGUGGUAUCGUGUUCACCACCCCAGAAGGGUUCAAGAUCUACCAUGCAAUCGUCUUCAACUUCAAACUAACGAACAAUGAGGCAGAAUAUGAAGCUCUGGCUGGAGGGCUCAGACUUGCCCAAGCCCUGAAAAUCAGCCGGGUCAGUAUCAAAUCUGACUCUAGCCCGAUAGUUGGGCAGGUGACCGGUAACAUGGAAGCAAGGGAAGGACGCAUGGCACAAUACAAGGACCUUGUACUUGCCCUGUUGAAAGGCUUCGAAGAGUUCAAGAUCGCCCAAAUUCCCCAGGCGGAAAACGCGGAUGCAGACCUUCUCUCCAAAUUAACGCAGUAUGCUCCAGAGCACGUUUCAAAACUUGCCCGGGUAGAGAUCCUUGACCGUGCAAGCAUCGAAAAAUUGGAAAUCGCCGCUAUAGCGGCCGGAAGCCAGUUUGACCGGUCAAACUUGGUCGGGGCGGACGACCAUUGGAUGUAUGAUCUGAUGGAAUAUUUGGUGGAUGGGAGCUUGCCAGAACAAGAUGACCGGGCAAGAAAAGUGAAGCUCAGGGCACUCCGAUUUCAGAUUCUUGAUGGAAAGCUGUAUAAAAGGGCAUUUGGGGGGCCACUCCUGAGAUGUCUAACCAACCGGGAGGCUGAGCGAGUCAUAGCGGAGGUCCACGAAGGCGUAUGCGCGGCGCAUCAAAUGUCCCCAAGGCUGCCCAUCGAAGCUGAAUUCCCAAUGUUCCGGGAAUCAAAUUAUCAACCCCAACAAAAUGAGGAAGAUCACUUGGCCGAACUCAACUUGGUCGAAGAGCGGAGAAUGGCCGCGGAAGUCAAAAUGAGCACAUACCAACAAGUGGUGAAGAAGUACCAUGAUAACAAGGUUGGGCCGCGGUACUUCCAAGUUGGGGAUGAAAUCCUACGAAGAAGAGAAGCAAGUAGACCCGGCGACGGAGGAAAGCUAGCCAAAAAUUGGGAAGGGCCUUACCGGGUGAGAGCUAUCAUUCGCCCGGGGACCUACCGGUUAGAAACUCUUGAAGGGGUACCAGUAGAAAGAACCUGGAAUUCCCAUCAUCUUCGCAAGUUCUACAAAUGAUUGUAAUACUAGGCAAGGCCUACUUUAUUAUCAAUCAAACCGAUGAUGUUCAAUACUCUAUUUGGUAGCGGCAGGAUUGAUAGGUC